AUGUCCAAGGUUGAAGUCCAUCCCAAGCCUCUGGUGCCACCUGAUGUUGCCCAGAACCCUCUCCCGCAACUGCUACAGACCCCCUCGGGCCUUGCGCUCCUCGAGAUGCAAGGCACCAUCAACCUGCCCUCGCAAGACGACGAGGAUUCCAGCAUAACUACCGAUUCCCAAGCUGGGGUCGCGUCCCAGGAGACGCCCAUUGGCAGACUCGUCUUCCCGGACUGGGACCCGGAGAAGGCGACAGAGACGAAGUGGAUGAAGAGGGUGUAUCUGUACGUGGGGAAGCACCAGAGGCUGACGGGCGAGGUCAAGAAGCUUCCGAAGGCUUUGGCCGUGAUACGCAAAAGGAAGGGUGCAGAAAUGGCUCAAGAAGAGAUGGAUCCGGAUCUGGAUCAGGGCGAGGAGGGCAGUGAGAGGACGGAGCAUUUGGAGGUAGUGGAAAUUCUGAAGUACAAGAUUCUCUUCUCGAUCAGGCCGGAGCCGGUGGGUACUUGGGCUGUUGGGGAUGGGAUCUGA